GGCAAACAGAGGAAUAUGGUUUUCUGAGCUGUGACAAGGAUGGCGUUUUGUGUGCAUUGUGUAAAUGCGGGGGCGACGGGCUUUGGAGCAGCUUACAAUGGUGCUAGAGAAAAUUGUGGAGAGAUACGCAGCAGCGUGUGCUUCAGGCAAAUGAAAGGGGCAGUAAGCUUCAAUUUUGCUGCAUCACCGCUUGCAAGAGAUAAAUGUGGAAGAAAAGCGAAGCUCCUCAGGUUUGUGAGGGCUGCAACUGUCGAGGACAUCGAAGCCGAGAAGCAACUCGUUGAAGAAGAUGCUAUGGAAAGAAUGGAGAAGACCAUUGAGACCGUCAAGUCCAACUUCAACACAAUUCGAACAGGCCGUGCUAGCCCUGCUCUGCUCGAUCGUGUUGAGGUCGAAUACUAUGGAACACUUGUGCUUCUCAAAACCAUUGCUCAAAUAAGUACACCGGAUGGAAGUACUAUACUUGUCCAGCCAUUUGAUCGAUCCAGCUUGUCGGCCAUUGAUAAAGCGAUCACAAAGUCGGACCUCGGCCUGACGCCGAGCAACGAUGGAAUUGUCAUUCGUUUGAAUAUACCGCAGCUUACUGCUGAAAGAAGGAAGGAGCUUCUCAAGCUAGUGGCAAAGCUAACCGAGGAGGGGAAGGUAGCGUUGAGAAAUGUCCGAAGGGAUGCCAUCAAAUCGUACGAAAAGCUCGAAAAGGAAAAGAAGAUAUCCACGGACAAUGUAAAGGAUCUCUCCACCGAAAUGCAGAGGCUCACGGACGAAUACGUGAAAACCGUGGAUGAUUUGUUCAAACAGAAAGAAAAGGAGCUGUCAACCGUGUGAUCUUGCAAAACUCGUUGUAUUUAUAGGAUCAAACAUUAUGCUGGAAGUGUGAACAAUGCAAAAAUUGCUGUAUUACAAUUCAAAUACAUGGAUCAAACAUUUUGUGUGA